CGCUUGUCAUGCGGCAUUAGAAAAAGGAGAGAAAAACAAGCAGAACGAACGCUGUUUUGUGUUGCUAAUUUAUGUACCCGGUCUAUUGACGAAAGUGGCUUUUCCCUGAAGAAGCGCAUUUUCGCACCGCAUAAAAUAUGGCUGCCCAGCUUGAUGGUGUUUUCGAGGCGGAGCUGCAGAAGAAAAUUACCGAAUCGAAGGUGCUAGUCGUCGGAGCGGGUGGAAUUGGGUGUGAAAUAUUGAAAAAUCUCGUACUAACAGGAUUCACGGACAUUGAGAUCAUCGAUUUGGAUACGAUCGACGUGAGCAACCUGAAUCGUCAAUUUCUGUUCCACAAGGAGCACGUCGGCAAGUCGAAAGCGAACGUCGCCCGGGAGAGUGCCCUGGCGUUCAAUCCGAACGCCAAGAUCAAAGCAUACCAUGACAGUAUUACGACCAACAACUAUGGUGUGAAUUUCUUCCAACAGUUCUCCAUCGUCCUGAACGCGCUGGAUAACCGCGCUGCGCGCAGUCACGUCAAUCGCCUGUGUCUGACGGCCGACGUGCCGUUGAUAGAAUCGGGCACGGCCGGAUACAACGGGCAGGUGGAGCUGAUCAAGCGUGGACUCACCUCGUGCUACGAGUGUGUCCCGCAGCCGGCUCAAAAGUCCUACCCGGGAUGUACGAUCCGCAACACUCCGUCGGAACCGAUUCACUGCAUCGUGUGGGCGAAGCAUCUGUUUAAUCAACUGUUUGGUGAAAGCAAUGAGGAUGAGGACGUUUCCCCGGAUACAGCCGAUCCGGAGGCGGGCGCCGAUGUGGGCAGCGCAGCGCUGGAGAAGGAAGCGAACGAGAAGGGCAACGUGGAUCGUGUCAAUACGCGCACCUGGGCCAAGCAGUGCGAAUACGAUCCGGAGAAGAUUUUCAACAAACUGUUCUACGACGACAUCAACUAUCUGCUGAGCAUGUCCAACCUGUGGAAGAACCGCACGCCACCGAAGCCGGCCAAGUGGGACGCGGUGCAGGAAGGCGACGGGGAGGAUGGUAGCAUUGUCGAGGACAGUGUGACCCGCGAUCAGAAGGUGCUCAGCAUGGCCCAGACGGCGAAGGUGUUUGGCGAGAGCAUUAAGGCGCUGAAGGAAGCGGUCGGCAAGCUGCCGGAAGGCGACCAUCUCGUCUGGGACAAGGACGACAAGGACGGGAUGGACUUUGUGGCCGCCUGUGCCAAUAUUCGUGCACAAAUCUUUGGCAUUCCAAGAAAGAGUCGGUUCGAGAUUAAGUCAAUGGCAGGCAACAUCAUACCGGCAAUCGCGACGACGAACGCCAUUACGGCCGGCAUUGUGGUGAUGCGCGCCUUCCGCGUCCUGCAGCAGGAGUACGAAGCGUGCAAGACGGUGUACGUGCGGCUGCGGGUCAACGGUCGCAAUCAGUUCAUCGUGCCGGAAACGCUGAUCAUUCCACCGAAGCCGAAAUGCUACGUGUGCGCCGCCAAGCCGGAGGUGGUGCUGAAGGUCGACACCAAGAAGCUGACCGUGCGCGAGUUCCGGGACGACAUACUGAUCAAGGCGUUGAACAUGGUCAGCCCGGACGUCCUGCUGGACGGCACCGGGACGAUCGUGAUCUCAUCCGAGGAGGAUGAAAAGGAUUGCAACAAUGAUAAGACGCUGGAGGAGCUGAAGAUCGUCAACGGGUGCAUACUGAAGGCGGACGAUUUCCUGCAGAACUACGAGCUCAGCAUAACCGUGCUGCACAAGGAGGCGGGCCGGGAGGAGGCACCGUUCGAGAUCGUGGCCGAUCCGGACUCGCUGAAACCGAAGGAGGAAGAGGAGAAGAAGGAGGCAGGCAAACAACCGGCAGCGGCACCGGUGGACGAUGCACAACCGUCCACCUCGAAGGGACUGAACGGAUCGUCGUCGAACGGCAAGCAGUCCACCACCGUGAACGAGGUCGAGGACGAUGACGAUGAUAUGUGCAUCAUCGAGGAUGAUGAGGACGAGAAGCCGUCCACGUCGAAGGCGGCCGCCGACGCCGUCACGACACCGGGCAAGAGCGUGGAGAAGCGGAAGCACGCACCGGAGGAUGAUGAACCGGCAAACAAAAAGGCCAAAGUAUCCUCCUCCCAUCCGAUGGAUGACGAUGAUGAUGAUUUGGUCAUACUGGAUUAGGAUGCAGGUCAGCAACGGGCGGGCUGGGGGGUUUUAGAAAGUAAGAGCAAAACACACACACACACAAACACACAGGUUCGUAUCGAUCCACAUCUCAUGAUUAUCGAUGUCAUCGUCAACUAAUUAUCCUUCUGGGAAAACACACAUUGUAUGAGCAGAAAAUCUCCUGAAAUAAAUUUUAUCUGUCGUACAAGGAAAA